GAUGCUUUUACACCAGAGAGGCACUUAGACAGGUUUGACAAAUUUGGAAAAAUGGCAGGUCGAAUCUUACUGCCUUUACUGCUGCUGUCAGCUACAGCUGGAGUGGCAACGCAAACAACUACAGCUAGUGAGACAACUCAAGCUGGAAUCUCAACUCAGCGUCAAGCUGGAGUGUCAACUCAAAGUCAAGCUGGAAUCUCAACUCAGCGUCAAGCUGGAGUGUCAACUCAAAGUCAAGCUGGAUUGUCAACUCAGCGUCAAGCUGGAGUGUCAACUCAAAGUCAAGCUGGAGUGUCAACACAAAGUCAAGCUGGAAUCUCAACUCAGCGUCAAGCUGGAGUGUCAACUCAAAGUCAAGCUGGAAUCUCAACUCAGCGUCAAGCUGGAGUGUCAACUCAAAGUCAAGCUGGAUUGUCAACUCAGCGUCAAGCUGGAGUGACAUCUCAAAGUCAAGCUGGAAUGACAAAUCAAAGUCAAGCUGGAUUGUCAACUCAGCGUCAAGCUGGAGUGUCAACACAAAGUCAAGCUGGAGUGACAAAUCAAAGUCAAGCUGGAUUGUCAACUCAACAACAAGCUGGAGUGUCAACUCAAAGUCAAGCUGGAUUUUCAACUCAGCGUCAAGCUGGAGUGUCAACUCAAAGUCAAGCUGGAUUGUCAACUCAACAACAAGCUGGAGUGUCAACUCAAAGUCAAGCUGGAUUUUCAACUCAGCGUCAAGCUGGAGUGUCAACUCAAAGUCAAGCUGGAGUGACAAAUCAAAGUCAAGCUGGAUUGUCAACUCAGCGUCAAGCUGGAGUGACAUCUCAAAGUCAAGCUGGAUUGUCAACUCAACAACAAGCUGGAGUGUCAACUCAAAGUCAAGCUGGAGUGUCAACUCAAAGUCAAGCUGGAGUGUCAACUCAAAGUCAAGCUGGAGUGACAAAUCAAAGUCAAGCUGGAUUUUCAACUCAGCGUCAAGCUGGAGUGUCAACUCAAAGUCAAGCUGGAGUGACAAAUCAAAGUCAAGCUGGAUUUUCAACUCAGCGUCAAGCUGGAGUGUCAACUCAAAGUCAAGCUGGAGUGACAAAUCAAAGUCAAGCUGGAUUGUCAACUCAACAACAAGCUGGAGUGACAUCUCAAAGUCAAGCUGGAUUGUCAACUCAGCGUCAAGCUGGAGUGUCAACACAAAGUCAAGCUGGAUUGUCAACUCAGCGUCAAGCUGGAAUGACAAAUCAAAGUCAAGCUGGAUUGUCAACUCAACAACAAGCUGGAGUGUCAACUCAAAGUCAAGCUGGAUUGUCAACUCAGCGUCAAGCUGGAGUGUCAACUCAAAGUCAAGCUGGAAUGACAAAUCAAAGUCAAGCUGGAUUGUCAACUCAACAACAAGCUGGAGUGUCAACACAAAGUCAAGCUGGAUUGUCAACUCAGCGUCAAGCUGGAGUGUCAACUCAAAGUCAAGCUGGAGUGACAAAUCAAAGUCAAGCUGGAUUGUCAACUCAGCGUCAAGCUGGAGUGUCAACACAAAGUCAAGCUGGAUUGUCAACUCAGCGUCAAGCUGGAGUGUCAACUCAAAGUCAAGCUGGAUUGUCAACUCAACAACAAGCUGGAGUGUCAACUCAAAGUCAAGCUGGAGUGUCAACUCAAAGUCAAGCUGGAAUGUCAACUCAAAGUCAAGCUGGAGUAUCAACUCAGCGUCAAGCUGGAGUGACACCUCAAAGUCAAGGACCCCUCUACCCAAUUGCUGGAACAAUAAGCUCUCAAUCAGAUGAUGGAAGCUCACCUGCAAUUUCACUCCUACGAUCCUUUAACUAUUUUGGACAGUCUUACUCUCAGAUUUACGUGAACCACAACGGAGAUCUGACCUUUGAUGCACCAUGGUAUAGUUAUACUCCUCAACGUUUUCCAAUGUAUGGAAGCAAAGACGUCAUUGCUCCGUUCUGGACUGAUUUAGACAACAGAGGAAAUGGUGAUAUCUACUAUAUUCAGUACACCAGCGGCUCUAUUCUCCAACAAGUUACACAGGACAUCAAUAGAUACUUCCCAGCUCUUAACUUUCAGGCAAACUGGGUCUUCAUAGCAACAUGGCAUGAAGUUGCCUAUUUUCCAACAACUGGAACACAAACAACCUUUCAGGCAGUCUUGACUACCAAUGGCCAAUAUUCAUUUGUGCUGAUGAAUUAUGGCUCAAUAGCCUCCACGUCAAGAUAUGUACAGGCUGGAUACGAUACGAUCAGUUCCUCUCACCACUUCACCAUCCCUGGAUCAUUCUCUAGUGACGCAACCGGACCUAACUCAACUUUUAGUCUUGGCAGUAAUGUCAACGUACCCGGUCGCUGGGCCUUCCGUGUCGAUCAUGGAUCAUUAGUCUGUAAUUUUAAUGGUCAACCUGUUCAACUUGGUGACUCUUUCUGGAGUGACAGCACCUGUGCACAGAAAUGCAUCUGCACCAGAGCAGGGCUGCAAUGCUCCAACAAUCCCUGCUCCUUCUCCCAAAUCUGUCGGCCAGCUGCCUUUCAGUACUCCUGCCAGACUGUGCAAAGACAAACCUGCACCGUCACUGGAGAUCCACAUUACUACACCUUUGACAACUCAGUGUUUCACUUUCAAGGCACAUGCACUUACGUUCUGUCAGAGCAGUGUCAGAACGGACUGCCCUACUACAGAGUGGAGGGGAAGAAUGGGCAUCAGGGUAGCACUCAUGUUUCAUGGACAGUACUGGUCAAAGUCUUUGUUCAUGAUGAAAAUAUCGAGCUGGUUAAAGGACAUCAAAGUCAGGCCAAGGUCAACGGAAGCUUUGUAUCAACUCCGUUUUCCCUCAGAAACGGCUCUAUCCAGGUUUAUCAGUCAGGUUUCUCUGUGAUCAUCAGCACUGACUUUGGCCUGAUGGUUUCUUAUGACAGGUUUUUAUAUGUCCGAAUCAGUUUGCCCUACACUUACCAAAAUAGCACAUGUGGGCUCUGCGGAAACUUCAACAAUCGCCCUGAGGAUGACUUUCGAACCCGUGAAGGUGAAGUGGUGAGCUCUGAUGUGGAUUUUGCCAACAGCUGGAAAGCUGCUGGUGAUGAUGAGCCUGGCUGUGAUCCUCAUUGUUCAGGUCUGGCCUGUGCUGGCUGCACAGCAGCUCAGACAGCACUGUACAGAAACUCUGCCCACUGUGGUAUUCUUGAGAACAGCACAGGUCCGUUUGCUGCAUGCCAUCAACAACUUCCUCCAAGAUCUUUUGUGGACAGCUGUGUGUAUGAUCUCUGUGUCAGUGGAGGGUAUCAACCCAUUCUGUGCCAAGCCCUAAAUGUCUACUCAAGUCAGUGUCAACAAAAUGGGAUCCAGCCGCAAAGCUGGCGGCGUUCUGGCUUCUGUGAAAUCCCCUGCCCAGCCAAUAGCCACUUUGAGGCCCAGGGUACAGGAUGUCCAUCUACAUGUGUCAACCCCAAUUCCACCAACAACUGCCCCCUCCCAAACCAAGAGAGCUGUGUCUGCAAUUCAGGCUACCUCCUGAGUGGAGGGGUCUGUGUCCCUCAUUCUGACUGUGGCUGCAGCUUUGAGGGUCACUACUACCGCUCAGGAGAAACUGUCAUACUGGAUGCAGACUGUGGGAGGCGCUGUACAUGCAGAUUUGGCUCCAUGACUUGCAGCUCUCACACCUGUGGCCAACAUGAGUCCUGCAGGGUGGAGGAUGGAGUAAGAGGUUGCAGACCAAACAGCUUUGCAACAUGUUGGACAAGAGGCCCAGGAUCAUACAAUACAUUUGAUGGAGUGAUGUAUCAGUACCCUGGAGCAUGUCGCCUGACCCUUGCCAAAGUUAUGGGAUCCUCUGAUCGCACACACUUCAUGAUUACUGUGGAAAAAGUUCCUCAGGGGCCACAGGGUUUCUCUAAUGUGCUAAAAUUUGAGGCACAGGGAACACAAGUUGCUAUUGAGAUGUCAAAUACUAGCACCGUUAAGGUUGAUGGCCAACUGACCAGACUGCCAUUCAGCUCUGGAUCCAACAGAAUCCGUAUCUUCCAAAGCAGCACUCACAGUGUCAUCCUUCGCACAGCCUUUGGUGUAACUCUGCAGACUGUCUGGCCUCAUUUUGUCCGUGUCACUGCACCAGGUGUCUACAGUGGUUUAUUAGGUGGACUUUGUGGAAACUACAAUGCUGACCAGAAUGACGAUUUCCGUACACCCAAUGGUACUCUAGUCACUGACUCCCAGAUGUUUGGGGACAGUUGGCGAGAUGGCUCCCUGGCAGAUCACUGUGUGGAAAGCAGACCUCGUAAUCCUGCAACCAAUUUACGUUCCAGUGAGUACUGUGGAGUUCUUACUUCACCCACUGGGCCCUUUACAUCAUGCUGGGCUGCAGUGAACCCCUGGCAGCAGGUAGAUGCAUGUGUAGAAAUCCUCCAAGGCUCCAGAGAUCCAGCAUCAACGCUGUGUGAGGUCCUCCGAGAUUAUGCACUGAUGUGUCAACAUAACGAUGGAUCCUUGGGACAGUGGAGGAAUGCAACUGGCUGUGUACCAACCUGUCCAUCAAACAGUCAUUAUGAACUCUGUGGAAGUUCAUGUCCGUCUUCCUGCCCCAGCCUCUCCUUCCCCUUCACCUGUGACACUCAGUGCCAGGAGGGAUGCCAGUGUAAUGAUGGGUUUGUCCUCAAUGGUAACCAGUGUGUGCCUCCAACAUCCUGUGGAUGCUUUCAUGAUGGACGAUAUCGGCAAGCUGGAGAACAGUUCUGGGAUGGAGAAGCAUGUCAGAGCUUUUGCACCUGUAAUGGUGUAACUGGUGUAGUCCAAUGUUCCCCAAAUUCAUGUGGACCUCAGGAGUCCUGCCAUGUUGUGGGGGGUGAGUUUGGCUGCCAUCCCAACCCUCAUGGCACCUGCUCGGCCUCUGGAGACCCUCACUACCUGACCUUUGAUGGCAAGGCUUAUGACUUCCAGGGAACCUGCCGCUAUGUUCUGGCAACAGUGUGCAAUGACACUGUGGACCUUCACCAGUUUUCUGUGAAAGCAAAGAAUGAACCGUGGUUUGGACUGCCAGUUUCUAUCACGGCUGAAGUGGUUGUUGAUGUCUUGGGCUAUGAAGUGCGUAUGUCGAGAGGCAACAUUGGUACUGUGGAGGUGAAUGGAAUCACAAGAAACCUGCCCAUUGUUUUCAAUGGAAGCCUGUCAAUUUUUGGAAGUGGAUCUCAAACAUUUGUCAACGCAGCUUUUGGACUGAGCGUCAUGUAUGAUGGAAGUAGCACAGUGUCCAUUUCGGUGCCCCCAAGCUACAGAGGAAACAUGUGUGGACUUUGUGGAAACUUCAAUGGAAAUCAAACUGAUGAUUUCCACACUCCAAGUGGAGCAUUGUCCAACACUGCAGAUGCUUUUGGGGCAGCUUGGAAGGUUCCUGGAAACCACACCUGUAGUGACGGCUGUGGCUCUUCAUGCGCACAAUGCAAUGAUGACCGAUCUGCCAGGGCCCAGUGUGAGGUGAUCCGGGCAGCUGACGGCCCCUUCAGCUUCUGCCACGAGGAGGUGGAUCCAGCACCAUAUUUCAGUGACUGCGUCUUUGAUGUCUGCGUGUCGGGAAAUCGAGGCAGUGAUCUCCUGUGCAGGGCUCUAGAGACAUACGUCAGUGCCUGUCAGUCUGCUAAUGUCCGAAUCUACCCUUGGAGACAAAACACCACUUGCAGAACUGAGUGCCCAGCCAACAGCCAUUAUGAGCUGUGUGGAACAGACUGCGGCCACACCUGUGCCAGCAGCAUUGAUGCUGCCUGUGACCAUGUUUGCUCUGAGGGAUGUUUCUGUGAUGAAGGUUUUUCCAGGAGUGGAACAAGCUGUGUGCCUGUGGAGAGCUGUGGCUGUCAGCAUGACGGCUUCUAUUUCAAUGCCGGUGAGUCCUUCUGGACAGACGGUUGCUCCCAACAGUGUGAAUGUCAAGCGCCCAAUGUCCUGAUCUGCAGUCCCUCAUCAUGCACUCCUACACAAGAGUGCACCAUCAGAGAUGGCCAGCUGGGCUGUUACGACGCCAUGUCUACCUGUACUGUAUUGGGUGACCCACACUACAUCACCUUCGAUGGAGCCCUAACUCAUUUCCAGGGAUCAUGCUCUUACGUCAUCACUGAAAGCUUGAGACACAGCAACAAUGAAACUCAGUACAAAGUCGUGGCCACCAACAAGCACAGAGGAAACAACUUUGUGUCUUUCGUGUCAUCAGUUGAUAUAUUCCUCUCAAAUCAUCCAGAGAGUGCUCAUGUCAGACUCGGACCGAACAAGAGAGUCAAGGUAAAUGGAGCAGAGGUUUCUCUUCCCACCACUGCAGGAACUUUUGGUCAGGUGAUGAGGCAGGGAAGUUACAUAGUGUUUAAUGCUGCUGAUGUCGUAGUCCAGUUUGAUGGCUCCAGUACUUUACUGGUCAGGAUGGGCCGCAACUACCAGAACAGAGUUAGUGGAAUGUGUGGGAACUUCAAUGGUGAUCCCAAUGAUGACAAAGUUUUGCCCAAUGGUACUUUGGCCCAAAACGACAACCAGUUUGGCCACAGCUGGAAAUCAGAGACAAGCCAAGAAGGAUGUGGAUCCACUGAUCAGAGAAGUGGUGAUGGACUAAGUGACUGCCGCUUCAUAGAAGAAUACAAAGAACUCUGCAGAGUCAUCACCAACACCAGUGGCCCAUUCAGUUCUUGUCACCUGCAUUCAAACCCCCAACCAUUUUUCACUUCCUGUGUUUACGAUCUCUGCCUCUAUACACCAGCCAAUGGCAUGCUGUGUUCUGCUGUCUCUGCUUAUGAGAAAACCUGCACCAAUUUGGGCCUUAGCAUCCCCAACUGGCGCUCUCCUUUGCGUUGUGCUGAGACUGACCCCUGUGAACAGCUGGACUGCGCAGAGUAUGAGUGGUGUGGUAAGAAAAAUGGUGUGUACGGCUGCUUCUGUGACGAGCAACAUCAUCGACCCAACAAUGAGAGCUACGACUCAAACAUUGAAUGCUCCAGCAGUUCUGGCACCAUGUCAGUGUCUCGCUGCCAGCUGUUUGAAGCGGGCUUCCACUCCAGUGCUCUCCAUCUCCAUGACAGCUCUUGCAACGGGACUCUCCAGGACGGACGACUCAUCUUCCAUUUUGACAAUGACGGCCAUCUGUGUGGGACAGCUCUUAGGAGCAAUGGAACUCACUUCAUGUAUGAGAACACUAUUCAAGGGCAUGUGGAUCCUCAUGGAGGUUUGAUUAGCCGUGAGAGGAAUCUUCAUCUGGAUUUCUCCUGUGUUUACCCUCUGGCUCAGGCUCUGUCAAUGGCUGUGGGCAUCAACCCUGUGGAGAGCAUUUUGAGGAAGAAGCUUCCUGUUGGCACUGGAUCUUAUAGUGUGAGGAUGAUCCCCUAUGAGGAUGAAGGCUUCCACUUCCCCUUGAGCACUAAUGGAAACAUAGAACUGGAAGUUGAUCAAAUGUUUUACAUGGAGGUGCGAACAGAAGGGGUGGAUCAGCGCCAGUUUGCCACAGUUCUGGACUCUUGCUGGGCCACGCCAGUCAACCAAGCAAACUAUCCUGUCCGCUGGGAUCUCAUUGCUUCGCAGUGUCCUAAUCCAGAAGAUGGAACCGUAGAGGUGAUUCAGAACGGUGUCUCCACUGUGUCUCGUUUCUCCUUCAGGAUGUUCAGCUUCACCAACCACACACAGAUUUACUUGCACUGCAGUGUCCACUUGUGUCUUUUGAGAAACAACAACUGCAGAGCUCAUUGCUACCCGGGUUACCACACUCUAUUCAAGAGGGACGUAUCUUACCAUGACUCUUCAGCUCUGUCAAUUGGACCACUGGUGCUUGUGGCACAACCAAACACUGGUGGACUAAUCCAAAGAAACGGUGUGAAUCGAAAGAUAUCGACGUCAGAUGGUACAGGCCAUCUGGCAUCAAUUGUUACCCUGAUUGUCAGUUUGCUGAUGACCAGAAUUCUGGUCAAUUAAUAUCAAAGAAUAAUCACACUUUGAAAUCCAAUAAAGUUUGUUAUUUAUGAUUCAUAAUGUUAAGAGGUGUUUUCUGGGUUUUGGUUUGUACUCAUAAUGAGGGGAGAAACAGAAGUAAGUUUGCUUUUCUAACAUCUGGUGCACCGUUGUGUUUUAGACCAUUUGUGGGAUCAAUAAUGUUCAGUUGUUUUGUGGGAUUUUUAAAAAAUCAAUUAUUUUUGCUACUAUCACAGGAUAUGAAAUUUUAACCCUUUUGGAUAUGAAGUUACAUAUAAGUAUAUGAAGUUAAUGUUUGAAGGAAUGAUCUCGAAGUGUCAAACUGAAUGAAAUGAAGUAUGAUUUGGUCAUUGUCUAAUUUUUGUUUUAUGUGGUGGGAGAUAUAUUUACUUGAUUAUAAAAUGGAUUAAUAAAAAAAUUCAAAUGAA